AUGGCGUCUCAACGGUUUGUGGUUGCUUUGCAUUCGUUCCCUGGGAAAAGCAGUGACGAACUGCCAUUGAUUGAAGGGAAUAAGUACCUGCUCGUGAAAAUGGACGAGGAAUUUGGUGAUGGAUGGUGGGAGGCAGAAGAUCAAAAAGGAAACCGAGGUAUUUUUCCCGCCUCACAUGUCGAAUUAGUGACUGACGAGGUUACUGAUCACGAUAAUGCUCGUAAUGACAAGGCAGAUGUGUCUAUCUCUACUACGGAACUUACUGAUUCUUCUAGCUCCCACUCAAAUUUAACAGACUUGGAAGAACCUAUCACCAAGUUAGAAUCUCAUAUUAACCAGCCUCGCCCUGAUCACAACGGAGCAACAAAACCAGGAAGCGUUUCGUCUAGCCUUCAUAAUGAUCGUCCAUUUCCUCUCCCCUUAGAUAGAAGAGAGUCAUCCAAUUCGCAAAAAGAUUAUUUCAACAGUCAUUUAAUUUCUUCACAUUCUAGCUCACAUUCUAAGCAGAAUACUAAUCGGUCUCCCUCUAAUUCGCCUGACAUAGCCAACGCAUCUCCCAAUAACGAUCCUAUGCGCAAAACUAUUGAUGACAUUGAAAGCGCAUUACAAAACUUAUCGACUGCUGAAGUUGACCAUAGUGAUACUUCCCCCCUUCCUAUUUUAAAUUAUGGAUCAACGUCCUCUCUUGGUCUUUCUGAAAAGAUUCAAAAUCUUCCUAAUUGGUCUACAGGAGAGGUUAUAGACUGGCUAAAAAAUGCGGGUCUUGGUUCUGUAGCUCCUAAUUUUUUGGAGAAUGAAAUCACUGGUGAGAUUUUACUUAAUACGGAUUCUAGUGUUUUAAAGGAACUAAAUAUCGCUUCUUAUGGAAAACGAUACGAAGUUUUACGUAAAAUUCAACAGCUUAAAGACACCUACCAACAAACUCUCUCUGAAAAUUACCCAGAUUUUCCUGAUAGCUAUUCUGCAUCCCCUAGUCCUGACAUUAUGUCUCCAGGUGUUAAUCAACCCACAGCAGACUUUGGCGACCCAACUUUUGUUCCAUCCUCUUCUAAUUUUGAUUCGAACAAUGAAUCCAGCGCUAGUUCAAAUCGAAUGAGUGUGCUUCCUACUUUGUCUCAUAUGUUAGUUUCUCCUGAUCUUGAAGAUAAUCCAGUUGCUAAACAUGGGCAAUACAUCCCUCCAUUGUCGACAAGCCGUACUCGAGGAGAAAAUAGAAUCCCUCCUCUUGUGAAACCACGUAGCGCAUCUCGCUUGUCUUCUUCUGCCCCUUCAAAUUCGGCUUCACCUGUCACUAAGCGACCUUCACCUUCAAACUCCUCUCAUUCAACUCAAGGUUCUUCUCGUUUAGCACAGAUGCAAGGCAUGGCACCAGCAAAUGCUGAACAUGCUACUGGUUAUAAUAACUCUUCUUCUUUAAAUCCAUCAACUAAUCCCACGUUGUAUACUCCCCAACCUUCAACCACGUAUACCCAGUCUUCUAACGUUAUACAACCAAAGGGCAAGACGAAGCCAUCUGGUCUGACAAGGUUACAAACAGAUACAUUAGAAGCAUCCUCUUCAUCGGUGCCAACCCAAACUCCCUCACCGUCUACUAAAUCUGGAGGACCUACCAUAAUAAGCCCUCUAACUUCAGUUGCUUCCCCAAGGCCUUUACCAACCUCUACACCGCAAAAUUCGCCUUCUCUUAGCAACGCAAAGAGUCCUUCAAGUACGAAAAAGCCGCUUGUACAAAAAAUGUUAUCUGCUACUAGCGGCAAGUCGUCAUUCGAAAACAGCCAAAAGACACCUAACUUGAAAAUAUCCACCCCCACAUCAUUACCUUCUUCAGUUUCGGACGCACGUGGUAGUACUACGCCUUUGGGGAAGGAACCGAUUGGAAAACGAAAAUCGAAACGUGAUAUCUUUGGAAGACAGAAAAUAUUACCUACUGGUAUCAGCGAAGGGCUCACAGAUAUUCCAGUCAAUGAAGCAAUCAAGACUGCAGAGUGCCACGGUUGGAUGCGUAAACGAAGUGAUCGUUACGGUGUAUGGAAGGCAAGGUAUUUUGUUUUGAAGGGUACUAGACUUUCCUAUUAUCACUCUUUGAAUGAUACUUCUGAAAAAGGAUUGAUUGACAUAACUUCGCAUCGUGUUUGCAAGGUUGAAGAUAUGGUUUUAAGUGGUGGUAAAACCGCUAUUAAAUUAGCACCACCGGCACCCGGUGCAGCUAAGGCUGCUGUGAUGUUCACUCCUCCAAAGGUACAUUAUUUUAUUUGUGAUAAUAAGGACGAUAUAAAUCGAUGGUCGUCUGCAUUCUUGAAGGCUACGGUCGAACGCGAUAUGUCAGUCCCUGUAUUAACGACAUCCAGAAUGCAAACUAUUUCUCUGAAUAAAGCUAAGGAACUUCGUACCCGACCUCCAUCACUAUUGGUAGAUGAACAAGCAGUGCCGGACCUGACCUCCUCUAUAGGUUUGAGGAAAAAUGCUAAGCAAAAGGGUAAAGAGCCAAUAAGACAGAUUGCGAAGUAA